CCACACUCUGAGUUCCCCGACAGCUCCAGUGACUCACAAAGAAACAUUUCCUCCUCUAUGGGUGGUGGCCAUGCCGGACUACCCGGUUGCAGCAGGACAAAAAGUAAGCCUGUACUGCAGCAGUUCCAUAAUAUCAGUGACUGGGACUUGGUCAUGGGUACGCCUGCGAAAUCAGACCUGGGAAAAAGAGGGAAACAGUAGGGAACUGAUCCUGACCAAGCCAGAGCAAAGUGGAGAGUACCGCUGCUGUUCUUCAGUUGUCAACUGCGCAAACCAAACCCACACAGUUUACAUCAUUUCAACACAAACCACAGUGGGAGAGAAUUUAGGAAUAACAGCCUUCGUCUUUUCUCUUCUGAUCUUGAUCAUCAUCAUCGCUGCUGUUAUUUUUUUCUGGCUGGGCUUCCAAAGGACCAGUGGAACAGUGACCACCUCCAGCACUCCAGCAGUUAAAGAUGUUCCUGGACCUGAAAUCACACCAACGGGAGAUCUUCCACAGCCUGACACAGACGUGUACAUAAACUACACUAGCCAAGGCUACGCCGAUGUGGAACCCGCCAAUGUGACCUGGGAGGGUGUGUACUCAAGUCUCUCGUGAAAGGAGAUCGAGACAUGCAGUGGAAAGUGGACUGAUUAAAACAAGCCUGUUUUUUUUUAACUCUAUCUCUGGGUUAGUUAUAUGAAAAUUGCCAG